GUAGGGUUUUUAUUGCAUAUUAUGAGUCAAUGUGAAGUGAAAGUCGUAAGAUGUUUCUGUGCUAAACUAUUAUACUGUUUCUUUAGUUUUGGACUCAUCUUUUAUUUUGCUGCAGAAUUGCUAUCUUGUUCAUAUUCUUACCGAGAUGUCAGGAAAGACAUCUAUGGUCUUCACUCGAACAUGUGAUUCGACUCUUCUUUUGGCUUACAUUCUUCGGAACCUUGGGUUUAGUGCCAUUCCAAUUAGCGGUCAAAUGAGCCAGGCAAAAAGACUUGGAGCCAUAAACAAAUUUAAGGAGGGAGAAUGCAAUAUACUUAUCUGCACUGAUGUUGCCAGUAGAGGCCUUGAUAUUCCGUCUGUAGAUAUGGUUAUCAAUUAUGAUAUCCCCAUGAACUCAAAGGAUUAUAUACAUCGGGUUGGAAGAACUGCUCGUGCUGGACGCUCCGGGGUUGCAAUAUCGUUGAUAAAUCAGUUUGAGGUUGAAUGGUACAUGCAAAUAGAGAAGCUUAUUGGUAAAAAGUUACCUGAGUACCCUGCUAUCGAAGAAGAGGUUUUGCGACUGUUGGAACGUGUUGCAGAGGCCAAAAGAAUAUCUCAGAUGCAGAAAAUCAAAGAAACCGGAGGCAAGAAGAGGUUAGAACGAGGUGAUGAUGACGAGGAAGACACUGAUAAAUAUUUGGGUCUCAAUAAAAGGAAGUCAUUUGAGAAAUCUAAGAGAAGAUGACAAAAGGAAGGGAUCAUCCGUCAAGUUUUGUUCAAAUUAGGAUUAAUCAAUUUUGUAGUCCUUCAUAAUUAUAGUUUUUCUAGACAGAAAUACUUGCUCUCAUCUUUGUAAGACUAUUCUUCUGCUUCGUCUUCUUCUUCUUCUUUUUGUUAGGAUAUGAGCAGUACACAUUUGAGAGAGAAGAUUUGUUUUAAGAUGUAUGUCUGGGAUUACAUGUUGACCUUUAAUCGGUUGUAUAUGGAAUUGAAAACUUAAAAUGAAUAAUAAUAUUAUUGGUUUCUUUUUUA